AAGCCGAUUUUGCUCAGAAGUGAAUUCAUUGGCAGUGGUGUUGGCCUGCCAAUCUGGGGUCAUGCCCAUUUCUAUCCUGACAGCGCCGCAUUCUAUAUGCGCCAUCAUACAAUAUGGCUAUCCAGCUGUGCAGUACAUCCGCAAGGUCAAGGAAAGAGAAGAGAUGUCCACGAUUGACUAUGUGCAGUUUACCGUGUAUGCCGUGAUUUGCUCGAUUUGGUUGUACCUGGAGCCUGCCAUCCUUUGGGUAUUGGUGGAGUACUGCCCCCUGUACCUGGAGAUGAAGAUCCUUUUCUUCCUCUGGCUGGCGAGCAACGAGCACAAGGGAGCCGCCUGGUUGUGGUACAAGCACAUCCAGCCAGCGCACAAGAGCUUGGACGACAAAUACUACGAGCCCCUCAUGGCGAUGGUGAUGAAGAUGAAGCUAGACAUGCCUGCGACGCACACCCCGGCCUCGGAAGUGAGCGACAAAAACGAGGCCAUCCAGGAGCUGCUGGAGAAGAAGGAAAAAGACACCUGAGAAGCGCUGCUCACAGGCGGCAGCUGCGCUGUUUCACCUCGAGCCAGAUUUGGCGGCCUGGGCUCGUGGCUUUGGGCGGUCUGGGGACAGUCCCACGGCCAGCCCCAAGUCCUAAGCCAAGAAAUGGCCGCGCGCGGCAGUUUCAUGCAGAACAGACAGCCGGACAAGCCGGAGCCGGACAGAGCGGCG